GGGGUCUCGACGGGCAGGGGGGCGUGCAACGAGAAGCAACACCCGCUCGACGGGGCCUGCCGAGGCGGACAGGGGUGCCAUGGCCGGCGGUUGAUUCGACAAGGCCGCUGGAGAGAAAGAGAGAGAGAGAGAGAGCCCGAUAAGUGUGGCCCUGGUUGACUGUCAUUGUUGUUGUUGCUGUGGACAAAGGCAUGGACGGGGUCUGCUCUGUCUGGCCCUCGCCCGCUCCGCUGAUUACUACUAUUUGAUUGUGUGCUGGCGGCUGCAAUGGCCUUGGUGAAGACAGCUUCAGAGUUGACCUGUUGCUUGGAGAUCAUGCCGGAAGCCAGCGUGAAGGCAGACAUGACUGACGGUGCCUGGCAAGCUGGUGUUGUGUGUUUUGUGGGCGCCCCUCCUCCGCCCUCUGCUGCCGCUGCCUCCCCCAAGCCUGCGCAAAAUCAUCCCAUGCCACGCCACACGCUCCUCGCGACUCGUUGUGCCCGCGCGCAAAAUCCACCAUGCACCAUGCACCAUGUCAUCGUCGUCUUCGUCCCUUUCGACAAGACCGACCGACCGACAGACAGACAGACAGACUCGGCUCGGCUAGCGCUAGCUGCUCCCAGCCAGCAACACCCUGAUCGACGACGUCGUUGCGCACGCCAUCCCGCCCACGGCAAUCGUCUUCCUCUUUCUGGCCCUGGCCCCUCUGGUCCCCGACGUGCCCCUUUGCGAUCCACCCACUUGUCGCAGCGCUUGGCAGCCCUCUGUGGCACAACGACUGCCGGUCCGUCCCUGGGCAUGACAUGGCGAAUGGGCAAGCAAGCCAAACAUAGCACGUCUGCCGAGCCAACACACAGACCUCGACCCGGGGCGCUUGAGACGUCCAAUCUCCCAGAUGCGAAGCGAAACCAUCUCAGCCAUCGACGAGUUGCAUCUCCAGAAAACCCACCCCUUGGCAUCCCGGACUUUCAGAUACGAACGGGGUUUGCCUCCGACGAGACGCCGUUGCCGGAUCGGCGUCGUCUUCGCUGCAGCCUGCCCGGCGACGCCGCCCAAGAACGCUGUGCCAAGAGGCAAAAGCAUGGUCAUGGCCGACGAUCGACGUCUUCUCAUGCUCUGUCUGGAGGCCUGUGUUCAACCACAAACUAUGCUCGCUUGCAUCCUGUUCGACGAAAGGUCCUGUCACACCUUGUCUCACCGAUAAUCCUCAGCUGUCCCGAGCACGAGCCUCCUCAAAGAGUUACAUUGGGACUACAAGCAAACUCGCGCGAACCCGCCGCCCCUCGGGGUCUUGCCAUCGACACCUGUAUGUGCUCCGCCGCACGUCGAUCAUGCUUAUAG